AUGGAACUCAAUGCGAACUGCAACACGGUCGAGACCUCUGGAGCACGCCCCGUCCAGACCUGUUCGGUCCCCACGCGGCCACAACACAAAUAUAAAAAUAUGCUUCAUCUCUGGGAGUUUUUGUUAGAGCUUCUAGCUGAUGAGAGGUGCAAGUCCAUCAUAUGCUGGAGAAGAGAAGAGGAAGGAGAGUUUCAGCUCUUGAAUCACCACGAGGUAGCAAAAAGAUGGGGAAUUUUCAAACAGAGGGGUGGAAUGGACUACGGGAAGCUAAGUCGAGCCUUGAGAUUGUACUAUCGAGAAGGAAUUAUCACCAAGGUAAUCUUUGAUAUUCUAAUAGCGUUUUGAGAUAUUUUGAAGGGCUUUGCUCCUAGCUAGCGCGCGUUUCUAUCUUUUUGUCGUAAAAGACUGUAGCAAAAAUAAACAAAAAUUGAUUAAAAUUUUUUAAUCAAUCCAUCACGGACCGCCGACUAUUGGAUAGAACAAUGUAAGUUCAAUCAUCUACCACAGAGAAAUUGUAUAAAACAGCCUCCUAUAAAUGUUAGCACUUGAAAUAUAGAAGGUUUAAGCUACCUCGUGCGGACGGCGCAAUUAAAAGGUGUACAAUUUUAUAGCUGCCAUGAUCAACAGUCGUCCAAUAACCAUCUGCUAGACCUCUGUGUUAUUUCCCUUAAAACAGGCUGUAUUGUCUGGUGGACUGGGUCUAAUCUCAUUGACGGUACGUAUUUUCUGAAAAGGGAUAUUGGGUUUGUUUCAAAAUGAGAACUAGAAGCAGCUAUAAACGUUUUUUAAAAAAAUCUGCUUGCCCGAUCAGGGAGCUCGGCUUGAAAAUGAACGUGCCUUUCAACCAGGCGUGAACCUCAAGAAACCGUUAGGAUAGUCGUUUGGGUAUGAGUUAACUGUUGUUUUUAUAGUAUUGUACCUAACAGAAAAAAAAAAUUACCUAGAGAAGAUUUGUGAAAUUAUUUAGUCUCCACAAAGCGAUCUUGUAAUGCGAAGAAGUCAGGAAUCACAGAACGCAAUAGAGUCAUUGUUUAUGAAUAAAAUAUAAACGAAGUUUUACGCCGGCAGUGAAUGCGUCACUUUUAAACAAUUUUUCUCCAUGCUGGGUAUUGUUUUUGUUUAAAUAAGUCUGAUCAUGAACAUGGUAACAUAAAUGAUAUCGAUAAAAAAUAAUAUAUGUUCUUCAUCGCCAGUGUUAAAGAAAAUGAUGAAUUUGUAUGAUGUACGUAACGAGGAGUCCGUGGCUUGUUUGUGAGUUUUGGGUGAUAGCAUUCUGAAAAGAUGCAUCAGAAUCCUAGAGCUUGACUAUUUCAGUAGAAUUUAAAUAGACGUGUUCAAAGUGGUACUGAGUUUCUAGGUUGUUAACGUUUAAGUAUUAACUAAAAUCAAACCUGGAUGGGUACCUAUGGUACUAUUGAUUCUGCCAUAAAAUAAAACGAAAGGGCUAUUAGCCUGUGGAUGAAAUCCUAAAGAAUUAAAAUUCGAGUUAUGGCUAUUGGUAGUUUUUCCUCUUGAGUCGCUGUUACUAUGCUUUACAGAGUGGUUCUGACUUUUGAGACUGUGAAUGAAAAACUUGUGUGUGGCAAUUUCAUUAAAGCUACUUUGCAGUACUUUUCUGUGUAAUACACUGAUUACUAUGCCACACAAGUGGGGUUCUAACUCUUGAGUUGUUGGAUGUUAUCUUAAAUUGUGACCAUUCAAAUGAUCGAAAGCUAAAUAAAUACUGAGCAGCACUUUUCUGUAAAAUUGUUUGCUAUGCCCUCAAGGAAAAAGAGUUCCUUUGUAGAUGAAAUCCCAUUUGAGUAAAAUCCGUGAAUGGUUUUAGUAGUUGUUUCUACUUCUCCUUUCUGUUGAGUUGUUUAGCUGUACAAGAUAUUUCAAUUCUAACUUUUGUGUCUGUGAAUGAAAUCCUAAAGUGUUACAAGUCAAAUGAAAGCUACUGAGCAGUGCUUUUCUGUGGUGCUGUUUACUAUGCUGUAUGGUGUUUAUAAAUUUGAUUCUGUGGAUGUUACCCUUCAACGUGACCUUCAAAUGAAAGCUACAGAGCAGUGCUUUCCUCUGUUACUGUCUAACUUGCAAAAGAACGUGAUUCAAUCUUUUGAGUCUGUUGAUGAAAUCUUUAAGAAGUGUCAAAGCCCCUUCAAAAUACCGUAAGGCUAACGAGGAACUGUUUAUUAAUUAUGCUGUACUAUGCAUUACUGCCUUAAAAAGUGUCUUAGCUAUCUCCUUUCACCGUUUUGUUAGUGGUACAAACCAGUGUUUAAAAAGACCACGCCAUACAAAUAGUAAAAAUUAGUCUUUGUUCCGUGUUUAGAAAUAUUUUUUAACGUUAUAUAUGUUAGUCCCUACCUGAAGGCACAUAUACAGUGAAACAAAUGACAAGACAAGCUUUGAUGUCCAUUAGAGGAUGCUUAUUAUUUACUUAUUUAUUUGAUAUAUAUUUAUUUCAUUCAAACAGGUGAAAGGCCAAAGACUGGUUUAUAAAUUUCGAAACCUUCCUUACAAGUAUGAACCAGGAAUUACAAGAUCUGUUUACCGCGAUCGAUUUCAAACUAUAAACACAAGUCUUUGUGACCAAGAGCCAGGAAUAAUCAAAGAUUUCUUGCCCUUGGAGUUUAAUUCCUCUCCUUCAGUUUCAAGAGCAUUUUUCUCUUCUAGCCUACUACCCAGGGGAUACUCGCCCUGGACGGCUUCUCCCAGGGUUUCUUCUGAAGGAUGUACGUGCCUGGAUGUAGAGCUUUCCCUCUCAUCAAUCUUUUGUUCAAAGACUAGAAUUUACUUUCCUAUGAGAGAAGGACACAGCAAGACCACAGGACAGUGACAAGCUGGGACAAGAUUAGAGUCAGUCAGCACUUAAGAAGUUCAUACACUGCAAGGCAUAUAACAUUAAAAAAAAGUCGUGUAAUUUUCUUAUUAACUUAUGCUUAAUUCGGACUCAAAAGUCUGAAAAAUCGUGUUCACUAGUCACCCAACUUGUACAUCAUGAUUAACAGUACUACAGGAAAGUAUUGUUGGUGCAGUAGCUUUCAUUUCAGACUAUAGGACUUUGGGAAUUCACAGAUUCAAAAGACAGAACCACCUCGACUGCUUCAUAAUACACAGUAACACAGGAAAGCACUGCUCAGUAUCUUUCAUUUGAAUGGUCAUACUUUAGGAUUCAUUCAUCGACAGAACCACAGCGUAAUUAAACAGUACCACAGAAAAGUCCCACAAUCAGAAUUAUUUAUUCAACAUGGUCACACUAAUAAUUUCAUUCACGAAACCGAAUACUAGAACCACAUUGUACGCAGAAUACCUACGUCGUGCAUGAUAACAAACAGCACUAAAUAAGCUGCUCAGCGUUCUUUGUUUUUCUGGCACACCAUGUUAACUCUCGAUGAAAAAUUACUCUUGAAUAGUAUUAUUGUUCGGCGUUUAGGUUUUGCAAAUGAGAAAGGUAUUUGUGUUUGGAAGGAAAUAAUCCCCUGAUGAAGGAACAUGUUUCAACACAAUCGCCAAAGAUGCAAGGGUGUAGCAUUAAAUUGAUUUUAAACUUUAUAUGAGUUUUGGUCAUCGUAUCCAGAAUUAGAUUUGCUAGAAAUUUAAAACCUCCAUUCACAUCCACAAGACGCUCUAAUAUAGAGCUUAUCACCACACCUCUUUUUGACGUAGAGUAAGACUAGCUCUCUGUACUCGAUAGGUGCAAAUCACGAUCUCUUUCGUUCUUUCCUUCCUUAAUUAAGCGCCAAACCCCAAGCAAAGAAAGUAUUUUGCUCGCUGUGGUGAUAUUUGUUAUCUUUUUGAACAGGCGAAAACUAUUUCUGCAUUUAUAUUAAAAAAAAUUCAAAAACUAAUGGUCCAGUUUUGUUAUGUAAGACUACAUAUAUUUAGGCAUCGAAACUUAUUAAUCACUGUUGUCUGUUGCAAAGGGCAUGCGGCCAGUUUUUUUAAAGUUUGAGUGCUAUGCCUGCAAUAAUCACCCAAAAAAUUGCUUAGGGAUCCGUGAUAACAUUUGCUCGAUAUCUUCUUGAUGACUCUACAGAAACAUUUGGUGUACGGGGUAAGGUACCACGUACUAAUGACGUCAGCACAGAAUUGACGAAAAAGAGCAAAAUCUUCUUGACAGAUCUCCUUUAAGAACUUCAAUAUGGAAAUUACUGACAGAAAAAGAAAGAAGUGUAGAAAGUCUAGGAAGUCUUCUAAAAAAAAAUAACUAUAUUGACCAAAAUAGAUUUUGUGGUUAGCCUCGAUUUCUCUGCCAGACUUAGACUAUAUCAUGGCUGAUCAAUUUUUCCAAAGGAUGACGUAUGCAGUGCAGACUCUCAACCGAGAUACUUGGAAGAAAAUUGUUCGAUCACAACGGACAGACAAAUGAACCAGUAAAAUUCAAGUAUUCAACUAUGCAACCUUUGAAAACUUUAAAACCGUUUGAACUUACACUGAACUUAACUGACUUCUCUGGAAAUAGUCCUCAAAUUCAUGAAUGAAUGAAUGAAUUCCUACUCCACUCCUUCGUUAAGUUACUUUAUCGGAGACAACUGUAGGCCAUCGUCAACUCAGUCACACUCCGAUUGUUUACAAAGUAUCGCAGGAUAUAGAUCAUUUAAUAAACCGGUAAUAUAUCUGAUUGUUUAAGUCGCCUCUGGUGUCCGGUUUUUAAUUCUGUAGGUAAUGAUUUCAGGUUCAAAGGUACGACCGGUGAACACGCAAUUUCAGAAGACCGGAUGUUUUUGCAAUGAAUACAAAAGAGUGGAAGUUGUAAAACAACGACAGUUUGAUGGAAAAUUCGAUUCCGUUCCGCACAAAUGCAACUGUGCUGUGCACAUUUAAGAUUUUGUGCCUGCCAUGCAGGGAAAAUACUAAAACUAAGCCUGUAAACAGAGUAGAUAAACUUUUCAUUUUGGGAGAAGAGGAUCACGGUAAGUAAGCGAUUCAUAUACCGCACGGCGCGGUAAACUAUCGUCAUAUCCGGUGAUUAGGAAGUGCAGAAAACAAUUUUCAGGAACAAAGUCAUAUAGAAGACGUACCAAAGAUACAAUAAAACCAUCCAACCCUUCCAGAAACCUACAUUUUUAAGAAAAGGUGUACUUAUUAAAUACAUCAAAAUUUUUUAAGAGAAGAGUUUAAGUGUUUCUUCAGGUUUAAAAAAAAAUUGAUACUACAAGACACACACGUACAAAAAAUAGAAGAAGAAAAACGAACACUUACUUUCAUAAUUAUAUGCAUACUUAAUUUGCCCCCAACUAUUUUAAAGAGUAAAAUGCAUGAAAAAUUACUGAGAUUUACAAUGGAUGAAAUUAACUACAAAAACAUUCAAUAAGAGAAGUUGGUAAACCUAUCUUUUCUUUUUGUUGAUAAAUUAAUAUAAGCAAAUAUAUUAAGAUGAUAAAUGAUCGAUGGAUAUAAUAUUCGUUAUCCUCGUAAUAGGUAAUUGAUAAGAAAAAUGAAAGUAAAUAAAUACUCUGGUUAUGCUAAUAAACCCAGCUUUGUACUGGUGAAAUAAUGUUUUCAAUGUUUCGGUCGCGACAGUUGACCGCCCGCAUGCGCAAACCGUCAUAGCAAUGACAAUAAACACGUUUUACGACCGUGUAUUGUCGGCAGUGCAUACAUAAAUCAGGCGAGAGGUUUGAUUUUUGUUCACAUGAACGCUUCUUUCCGAACAAUGUAGUUGCUUUUAAGCUGAGGAAAGACAUGGAACUCAAUAGAAAGGGCAACAAUGUCGUCGAGCCCUCUGGAGCACGCCCCGUCCAGACCUGUUCGGUCCCCACGCGGCCACAACACAAAUAUAAAAAUAUCCUUCAUCUCUGGGAGUUUUUGUUAGAGCUUCUAGCUGAUGAGAGGUGCAAGUCCAUCAUAUGCUGGAGAAGGGAGGAGGAAGGAGAGUUUCAGCUCUUGAAUCACAACGAAGUAGCAAAAAGAUGGGGAAUGUUCAAACAGAGGGGUGGAAUGGACUACGGGAAACUAAGUCGAGCCUUAAGAUUGUACUAUCGAGAAGGAAUUAUCACCAAGGUAAUGUUUGACAUUCUACUGGCGUUUUAAGACAUUUUGAAGGGCUAUGCAGCUAGCUAGCGUGCCUUUCACUCUUUUUGUCGCCAACGCCACUGUAGCAAAAAUAAACAAAAUUGAUUAAAAUUUUUUAAUCAAUGGGUCGUGCUGGAUCUCACAAAGACCGCCGCGCGACUAUUGGUUAGAACAAUGCAAGUUCAAUCAUGUACCCGAGAAAAUUUGUAUAUAAAAAACCCUCAUAUAAAUAUAGAAGGUUUAAGCUACCUCAUACGGACGGCGCAAUUGAAAGGUAUAUAAUUUUAUUGCUGUCAUGAUCAACAGUCGUCUAAUAACCAUCUGCUAGACCUCUUUGUUAUUCUCUUAAAACAGGCUAUAUUGUCUAACAACUACAAUUGACUGAGUCUAAUCUCAUUGACGAUAGAUAUAUUUUCGAAAAAACCUUUCAAAAUGAGGAGAAGCAGCUAUAGACGCUUUUUAACAAAAAAUCUGCCUGUGGGAUCAGGGAGUUGAGCUUUGAAAUGAACUUGCCUUUCAAGCAGGCGUGAACCUCAAGAAACUGUUUGGAUAGUCGUUCGGGUAUGAGUUAACUGUUGUCUUUAAAGUAUCGUACCUAACAAACAAAAAAGAUUUUACCUUAAGAAGAUUUGUGAAAUUUAGUCUCCACCAAGAGAUCUUGUAUUGCGAAGAAGUCAGGAAUCUCAGAGCGCAAUAGAGUCAUUGUUUAUGAGUCAAAUAUAAACGAAAUUUUACUGCGUUUGCGUUACCGUUCAACAUUUUUUCUCCAUGCUGGAUCAUUGUUUUUGUUUAAUAAGCCUGAUCAUGAACAUGGUAAUAAAAAUGAUAUCGAUAAAAAAUAAUACAUGUGCUUUAUCGCCAGUGUUAAAAACUAAGAUGAAUUUCAUGAUAAUGUACGUAACUGGAGUCGUGGCUUAUUUGUGAGUUUUGGGUGAUAGCAUUCUGAAAUGAUGCAUCAGAAUCCUAGAAUUGGACUAUUUCAGUAGAAUAUAAAAAGAGAUGUUGAAAGUGGUACUGAGUUUUUUAAUAACAAUUCGAAUAUCAAAGUGAAUGGUAUAAUUAGCUGUUCCUUUCUGUGGUACUGCAUGUUGCCGAUUAUGCUAUAAAAUAUAAUGAUGGGGAUGCACGUUAUUGUCUGUGGAUGAAAUCCUAAAGAAUUAAAUUCGAGUUAUGGCAAUUUGUAGUUUUUCCUCAUGAGGCACUGUUAUCAUGCUUUACAGGGUGGUUCUGAUUUUUGAGUCGGUAAACGAAGAACUAGAGUGUAAGAAUUUCAUUAAAAGUUACUGUGCAGUGCUUUCCUGUAUGUGAAGUACUGACUAGCGUGCUUCACAAUGGAGAGAGUUCCAACUUUUGAGUCUGUGGAUGUAAAUUGUGAUUAUUCGUAUGAAGACUAAAUAAAUACUAAGCAGCUCUUUCAUGUGAGGCUGUUUAUUAUGCUGUCAAGAGCGGCUGUAACGUUUGAGUUUGUAGAUGAAAUCCUAUAGGAUUAAAAUUCAAAUGAAGGGCCUUAUAAUUAUGAGUAGCUGUUUCUACAUCUCCUCUCUUUUGGGUUGUUUAGCUGUAUAAGGUAGUAUGUUCUAACUUUUGUGUCUGUGAACGAAAUCCUAAACUGUUAGCAAUCAAAGGAAAGCUACUGAACAGUGCUUUUCUGUGGUGCUGUUUAUUAUGUUGUACAAGAUCUUUAUAAUUAUAAAUUUGAUUCUUUGGAUGUUACCCUUUAAUGUGACAUUCAAAUGAAACCUAGCUGGGAGCAGUACAGCAACGGAGCAGUACCCUUCCUGUGGUACUGUCUAACUUGUUAAACAAGGAAGUUCAAUCAUUUGAGUCUGCUGAUGAAAUCUUAAGAAGUGUCAUUGCCCUUUCAAAAUAAGGCUAAAAUGGAACUGUUUAUUCACUAUGCUACACUAAUAAUGCAUUACUGUUUUUAAAGUGUGUUAGCUGUCUUCUUUUACCGUUUCUUUAGUGGUACAAACCAGUGCUUAAAAGACCACUCUCAUGUAAUUAUUAGUCUUUGUUUUGUGUCUAGAAAAAUUUUGGAAGGUUCUAUAUGAGUCCCUAUCUAAAGGCACAUAUACAGUGAAACAAAUGACAAGACAAGCUUUGAUGUCCAUUACAGGAUGCUUAUUAGUUACUUAUUUAUUUGAUAUAUAUUUAUUUUAUUCACACAGGUGAAAGGCCAAAGACUGGUUUAUAAAUUUCGAAACCUCCCUUACAAGUAUGAACCAGGAAUUACAAGAUCUGUUUACCGCGAUCGAUUUCAAACUAUAAACACAAGUCUUUGUGACCAAGAGCCAGGAAUAAUCAAAGAUUUAUUGCCCUUGAUAGAGUUGAAUUCCUCUCCUCCAGGUUCAAAAGCAUUUUUCUCUUCUGGCCUUCCUCCCAGGAGAUCCUGGCCCUGGACAGCUUCUCCCAGGGCUUCUUCAGAAGGAUGUACGUGCCUGGAUGUAGAGCUUUCCCUCUCAUCAAUCUUUUGUUCCAAGACUAGAAUUUACUUUCCUGUGAGAGAAGGACACAGCUAAACCACAGGACAGUGACAAGCUGGGACAAGAUUAGAGUCAGUCAGCACUUAAGAAGUUCAUACACUGCAAGGCAUAUAACAUUAAAAAAAGUCGUGUAAUUUUCUUAUUAACUUAUGCUUAAUUCGGACUGAAGGUCUGAAAAAUCGUGUUCACUAUACACCCACUUUGUACAUCAUGAUUAACAGUACUACAGGAAAGUAUUGCUCAGUAGCUUUCAUUUCAUACUAUAGGACUUUGCGAAUUUACAGAUUCAAAAGACAGAACCACCUCGACUGCUUCAUAAUACACAGCAGCACAGGAAAGCACUGCUCAGUAUCUUUCAUUUGAAUGGUCAUACUUUAGGAUUCAUUCAUCGACAGAACCACAGCGUAAUUAAACAGUACCACAGAAAAGUCCCACAAUCAGAAUUAUUUAUUCAACAUGGUCACACUAAUAAUUUCAUUCACGAACCCGAAUACUAGAACCACAUUGUACGCAGAAUACCUACGUCGUGCAUGAUAACAAACAGCACUAAAUAAGCUGCUCAGCGUUCUUUGUUUUUCUGGCACAACAUGUUAACUCUCGAUGAAAAAUUACUCUUGAAUAGUAUUAUUGUUCGGCGUUUAGGUUUUGCAAAUGAGAAAGGUAUUUGUGUUUGGAAGGAAAUAAUCCCCUGAUGAAGGAACAUGUUUCAACACAAUCGCCAAAGAUGCAAGAGUGUAGCAUUAAAUUGAUUUUAAAAUUUAUAUGACUUUUGGUCAUCAUAUCUACAAUUAGAUUUUCUAGAAAUUCAAAAUCUCCAUCCACAUCCACAAGACGCUCUAAUAUAGAGCUUAUCAGCACACCCCUUUUUGAGGUAGAUUAAGACUAGCUCUCUGAACUCGAUAGGUGCGAAUCAUGAUCUCUUUCGUUCUUUCCUUCCUUAAUUAAGCGCCACUCCCCAAGCAAGGAAAGUAUUUUGCUCGCUGUCUAUUUUUAAAGGGGCUAUAGACCUCUUUCAUAAUGGAGGCCUAAUAAUAUAUUCUUUUAUAUGAAUAAUUAUUAGCCUUAUUGACCUCGUUAGCAUGUGCAAAAAUACAAGAAAAUUCAUACUUUCAAAUGAGGUCUGACAGGCUAAUUACCAUACAUAUGAAAGAAUAUCUUAAUAGGCCGCCAUUAUGAAAGAGGUCUAUGUCAUGCUGAUGAUGAUGAUGUCAUGUUAUUUGUUAUCUUUUUGAAAAGCCGAAAACUAUUUCUGCAUUUAUAUUAAAAAACUUCCAAAACUAAUGGUCCAGUUUUGUUAUGUAAGACUAGAUAUAUUUAGGCAUCGAACUUAUUAAUCACGGUCGUCUGUUGCAAAGAGCAUGCACUGAAACUUGAAAAAGUUGGGCCAAUUUUUUAAAGUUUGAAUGCUAUUCCGGCAAAAAUCACCAAAAAAAAUUGCUUACGGAUCCGUGAUAAAAUUUGCUCGAUAUCUUCAUGGUGACUCUACAGAAGCAUUUGGUGUACGGGGUAAGGUAGUACGUACUAAUGACGUCAGCACAGAAUUGACAAAAAACGACAAAACCCUCUUAACAGAACUCCUUUAAGAAUUACUGACAAAAAAAGAAAGAGGUGUAGAAAUUCGAGGAAGUCUUCUAAAAAAACAACUAUAUAGACCAAAAAAGAAUUUGGGGUUAGCCUUGAUUUCUCUGCCAGACUUAGAAUAUAUCAUGGCUCAUCAAUUUUUCCAAAGGAUGACGUAUGUAAUGCACACUCUCAACCGAGAUACUUGGUAGAAAAUUGUUCAAUCACAACGGACAGACAAACGGACCAGUAAAUUCCUAAACUAAACUAUUCCCACUAUCACAGCAUUAAAAUUUCGUUUGAAAAAAUCUUUUUAAAACCGUUUUUAAUGAAAAUAUACAAUCUGUUACUUAUCAUGAUAUAUCUAAUUGAAAUAGUCCUCAAAUUAAACAGAAUGAAUGACAGUAGUCUCUUCAGACAGAUAUCUCCUUUUCAUCAUUUAUUUAUUUAUUUAUUCACUUUUUAAUUAUUCAGAAUAUCUAAAUUUAGAUGAUCGUCAACUCAGUCACACUAAACUGGCUCGAUUGUUUACAAACCAAUUUUUUUUUUUUCUCAUGCAGGAUAUAGAUCAUUUAAUAAACCAGUAAUAUAUCUGAUUGUUUAAGUCACAUUCGCCUGUUCACGGUGUCCGGAUUUUUUAAUUCCGGUAAUAUAUCUGAUUGUUUAAGUCGCCCUGGUGUCCGGGUUUUUACGUAAUGAUUUCGGGUACGACCCGUGGACACGCAAUGUCAGAAGACCGGAUGUUUUGGCAAUGAAUACAAAAGAGUGGAAGUUGUAAAACAACGACAAUUUUAUUGAAAGUCCGAUUCCGUUCCGCACAAAUGCAACUGUACAUGUUCUGUGCACAUUAAGAUUAUUUUGUGCCUGCCAUGCAGGGAAAAUACUAAAACUAAGCCUGUAAACAGAGUAGAUAAAAUUUUUAUUUUGGGAAAAGAGGAUCACGGUAAAGAGCGAUUAAUAUACCGCGCGUAAACUAUCGUCAUAUCCGGUGAUUAGAAACUGCAGAAAAUAAGUUUCAGGAACAAAGUCAUAUAGAAGACGUACCAAAGACACAAUAAAACCAUCCAUCCCUUCCAGAAACCUUGAAAAAGGUGCUUAUUAAAUACAAUUUUAAGAGCGAGUUUAAGUGUUUCUUCAGGAAGCCACACAGACACACACGUACAAAAAAUAGAAGAAGAAAAACGAACGCUUACUUUCAUAAUUAUAUGCAUACUUAAUUUGCCCCAACUAUUUUAAAGAGUAAAAUGCAUGAAAAACUACUGAGAUCUACAAUGGAUGAAAUUAACUACAAAAACAUUCAAUAAGAGAAGUUGGUAAACCUAUCUUUUCUUUUUGUUGAUAAAUUAAUAUAAGCAAAUAUAUUAAGAUGAUAAAUGAUCGAUGAAUAUAAUAUUCGUUAUCCUCGUAAUAGAUAAUUGAUAAGAAAAAUGAAAGUAAAUAAAUACUCUGGUUAUGCUAAUAAACCCAGCUUUGUACUGGUGAAAUAAUGUUUUCAAUGUUUCGGUCGCGUCAGUUGACUGCUCGCAUGCGCAAACCGUCAUAGCAAUGACAAUAAACACGUUUUACGACCGUGUAUUGUCGGCAGUGUAUACAUAAAUCAGGCGAGAAGUUUGAUUUUUGUUGACAUGUACGCUUCUUUCCGAACAAUGUAGCUGCUUUUAAGCUGAGGAAAGACAUGGAACUCAGUGGAAAGGGCAACAAUGUCGUCGAGCCGUCUGGAGCACGCCCCGUCCAGACCUGUUCGGUCCCCACGCGGCCACAACACAAAUAUAAAAAUAUCCUUCAUCUCUGGGAGUUUUUGUUAGAGCUUCUAGCUGAUGAGAGGUGCAAGUCCAUCAUAUGCUGGAGAAGGGAGGAGGAAGGAGAGUUUCAGCUCUUGAAUCACCACGAAGUAGCAAAAAGAUGGGGAAUGUUCAAACAGAGGGGUGGAAUGGACUACGGGAAACUAAGUCGAGCCUUAAGAUUGUACUAUCGAGAAGGAAUUAUCACCAAGGUAAUGUUUGACAUUCUAAUAGCGUUUUAA